AUGGCUCCGGUCCCAGCCCCAGAACCGCACGACGAUCCCCUCGUCCACAAAACCCGUCUGAUCGAAGAAAUUCUCUCCACCUCCGACCUCUACCGCGUCCUCGGUGCCAGCCGCGGCAGCUCCAACAACGACCUACGCAGACACUACCUCGACCGCUGCAAAGUAGUGCACCCCGACAAGCUCCCCAGCCACCCCCUCAGCACGCCGGCCUUCCAACGCCUCUCGCACGCCUACGAGAGGCUGCGCACGCCCACUCUGCGCGCGCAAUACGACCGCACCUCGCCGCGGCGCACGCCGCAGUCCCCCUCCAGCAUCGGCGUGGAAACGACCUUCCGCGGCGCGGUCCUCAGCAUCCUGCAAGAGUUCCUGCACGGCGAUUUCCAGCUGGUGCGCCGGCUCCUGGGCGCGCUGGGUAGGCAGUAUCCAAACCUGGUCAAUGACGAGGUCGUGACCAGCCUGGAACGGAGCUUUGCCCGCAUGCGCGAGCUCGUCCUCACUACUCAGACGUAUGCCCUGCUGCUGAGCAUCGAGCUUGGGCGCCUCCACCGCGUGCAGAAGAGGUUGAUGGGGCUGGGGUACUUCGAUGUGGUGGGCCGCAUGCGUGUGGGGAUGCAGCUGGUCCGGGUGACUUUGGCUAUUCCCGUGCGGGUCGACCGCGCGCUGAGGAGGAAGGAGGAGCGCGAGUGGAAGGCGAAGCAGGAGGGGAUUGAAGGGCGCAUGGAGGGCGAGAUCGGCGCGAGGCUGCUGAAUGAGAGGGUUGCUAAGGUGCUGGAGUUUAUUGUCGGUAGUGAGGUCGAGGAUAUGCCCGAGGAUGGACCUGUGAGGUGGGGCGGUGGCUGGAAUGAAGGCACCAGGGCUGCGUGA